AUGGGGCUGCAGAGCGGGGAGAUCCGGACAGCCCGCGCCUUUGCGGACAGAGAUGCCGUGAAGCACAGGCUGGUCACCCUGGUGAAGGACAACGGGCAGCCGCCUCUGUCCGCCACAGUGACUCUCAACCUGGUGUUUGCGGAGAACUUCCAAGAGGCUCUUCCGGAAAUGAGCGACCUAUCGGGUGACUCGGCAUCUCAGUCUGAUUUACAGUUCUACUUGGUGUUGGCUUUAGCCCUGAUCUCAUUUUUAUUUCUAAUUACAAUUAUAGUGGUGAUAGCCAUGAAAGUUAGAAGUUCAAAAGGUUCCUCUAUUCUUCAGUAUGUCAUGCCUGCUCUUUAUUCCAAGGCUGAUCCCAGAUUCCUACCAGAUUACAAAGAUGGGACCUUGCCGUAUUCCUAUAAUUUGUGUUUGGCUACAGACUGCGGGCAAAAUGGAUUUAACUUGCUUAAAAGUAGUGACCAUAACAUUACAUCUGAGAAUAUCCUUUGCAAUGACAACUCUGGGAUUUUACUUGGGAAUAAUUGUGGUUCUGAAGCACCCAAAUCCGGAUCCGAAACUCUUCUCAAGAGGAAUGGAAAGAGAGAUCCAGCCAACCCCACCCGCAGCUACACAGCACAGAACACAGAGAUCAGACUCAGAGGAAUUUUACAGAGAAAUAUUUAUGAAACAGGCUUAAUUUUAACAUCAGUGGUUGCGAAAAUAGGACUACGGUUAAAAGAAAAUCCAUACCUGACUGGGAAUCAGAGCACUAUAUACAUCCGGAGAAAAAUUGAGUAUAUACAAAGUCUCCGGGACUGCAAACGGCGAGCCCUGUUUUGUUUUUUAUUGGUUCCCGUUUGGGAGGCGGUUUCUGGUCAGAUUCGCUAUUCGAUCCCGGAGGAAACGCACACAGGCUCUUUCGGGGGGAAUAUAGCAAAGGAUUUGGGACUGGAUCUAAAAGAGCUCUCAGACUGCUGUGUCCGCAUUGUUGCCAGAGGUAGGAGUCAGUAUUUUGCUUUGAAUGUUAAGAGUGGCCAUUUAUACACCACAGACAGAAUAGACAGAGAGGAGAUCUGUGGCCGGAUAGGGAUAUGUUUGAUAAAGCUUGAGGUUCUCCUUGAGGAUAAAGCGAAGCUUUUUCCAGUUGAAGUUGAAAUCAUAGAUAUUAAUGAUAAUGCUCCAGGCUUCUAAUCAGAGAAAUUAGAGUUAAAAAUCAGCGAGACAACAGCAGUACAGACCCGGAUUUCCCUGCAGCGGUCGCAGGAUCCAGAUGUGGGAAUUAAUUCUAUCCAGAUAUAUCAACUGAGCGAUAAUAGGCAUUUCUCUCUGGAUGUGCAAACUAGAACCAAUGAUGUGAAAUAUGCCGAGCUGGUGCUGGAAAAGUCUCUAGACCGGGUAGAACAAGCUGUUCACGAUCUAAUCCUCACAGCCACUGACGGAGGAGAUCCAGUCAGGUCCCGCACUGCGCAAAUCCGCGUUAUUGUUCUUGAUGCAAAUGACAACGCGCCCGUUUUCACUGAGGCUAUCUAUAGAGCGAGGGUUUUGGAAAAUGUGCCGAAAGGUUCCACGGUGGUAUCAGUAAAAGCCACUGAUCCGGAUGAAGGAGUCAACAAAGAGUUAAAAUACUCAUUCAGAACAAUCGUGGGAAAAGGUUCCCAAAUAUUCCACUUGGAUUCUAGGACGGGAGAAGUAACAGUCGUGGGGAACUUGGACUUUGAGGAAUCCGCAUUAUAUGAAAUCGAAGUGCAAGCCCAUGACGGGGGAGGCCAUUUCGACAGAUCGAAAAUACUGAUCGUUGUUAGCGAUGUGAAUGACAACGCUCCAGAAUUAACAAUCACAUCUCUCGUCAACUCCAUCCCUGAGGACUCUCCCCGCGGAACUGUGAUCGCCCUUUUAAAUGUGCAAGAUCUAGAUUCCGGAGAGAAUGGGGAAGUCACGUGCUCCAUAUCCAGCAACCUCCCCUUCCGGCUGAAGAAAUUAUUAGAUAAUUAUUACAGUUUGGUGAUUGACAGAACCCUGGACAGGGAGCAGGCAUCGAAUUACAAUGUAACAGUUAUAGCCACGGAUCAAGGGACUCCUCCUUUGUCUUCAGUUACUUCCAUCUUUCUACAAGUUUCAGACGAAAAUGAUAAUCCUCCUAUAUUUAACCAGACGUCCUAUAUUUCGUACGUCAGAGAAAACAAUGUUAAAGGAGCUUCCGUUUGCUCUGUAAAGGCAAAUGACUACAACAUGGAGGACAACUCCCGAAUCACUUACUCCAUUACUGGAACUCAGAUCCAGGAAGUUCCGCUGUCCUCCUCCAUCUCCAUUAACUCCGAGACUGGGGCUCUCUACGCUCUGCGCUCCUUCGAUUACGAACAGUGCCGGGAGAUUCGGUUCCAAGUGCAGGCUCAGGAUGGGGGUUCCCCACCUCUCAGCAGUAAUGUCUCCGUCACUCUCUUUAUACUGGAUCAGAAUGACAACAGCCCACACAUCUUACACCCCUCCUUUCCCACCGAUGGCUCCACGGGAGUGGAGUUGGCCCCUCGCUCCUCCGAGCCGGGUUACCUGGUCACUAAGGUGGUGGCGGUGGAUGCAGACUCCGGGCAGAACGCCUGGCUCUCCUACCAGCUGCUGAAGGCUACAGAGCCGGGGCUCUUCUCUGUAGGACUCCACAGCGGCGAGAUCAGGACAGCUCGCUCCUUCGUAGACAAAGAUGCGCUCAAGCAAAGUCUGGUGGUUUCAGUGAAGGACAACGGGCAGCCCCCUCUCUCUGCCACGGCCACUGUCACGGUGGUGGUGACUGACAGCAUCCCCGAAAUCCUCUCCGAUUUAAGCAGCCUCUCAGCUCCUGCAGACCCCCAGUCCAGCCUCACCUUGUAUUUGGUGAUCGCCGUGGCUUCCGUUUCCUGCUUGUUCUUUACCUUUAUCAUAGUGUUACUUACCCUGAGGCUCCGCAGGUGGAGAAACUCGCAGCUGUUUGAUUCCUCGAGUGUGACUUUCAGGGCGCUCCCGUUUGUGGGGAUCGAUGGAGUCAGAGCUUUUGUUUACUCCUACUCACAUUAGGGUUCUCUAACCAUGGACUCCAGAAAAAGCCAAUUCAACUUCUCCAAAACAAACUAUUCAAAUACUCUGAGUAGUGAGCAAACUUGUGCGAUAAAGGAUCCUAUUCUAGUUAUUGAGGAUGUAAGCAUUAGUAACGGGGAUCGGACCUCUGUUUAGCAAGCUCAGCCUAACCCGGACUGGCGUUUCUCUCAGGCCCAGAGACCUGGAACCAGUAGCUCUCAGAAUGGAGAAGAAGGUGGAGCUUGGCCAAACAACCAGUUUGAUACGGAAAUGCUUCA